GCGAAAGUUCUGUUCCAUCGUCAGUUCAGUUCGCCAUCGCGACACGGAGAAGUCCUCUCGGGAAAUACAGCAGAAGCAGCAGCAGCAGCCACUCCUUCACUUCCAAAGUGCGACUCUUGCAAGAAUCAGCAGCUGAGAUGCGUGGAUUCGUGAUUUUCGCCGCCUGCCUGGCCGUGGCAUCGGCCGACAUUGGCCUGAAGCUGCGCCAAGCGGCAGCAUCCGGUGCGAGCAGCUACGACGUCGGCCAGCAGUCGGUGUCGCUGGAUUACGCGCCGACCAUCUACCAGGACAGUAGCGCCGGUGCAAGCGCUGGUGCCCGCUCUGGUAGCUUCGGUGGUGCCUCGUCCGGAUCGUUCGGUGGUGCCUCGUCCGGAUCGUUCGGUGGUGCCUCUUCCGGAUCGUUCGCUGGUGCUGGUGCUGCGUCCGGUGUCGACUAUCAGGCCGGUUACGCCGCUGGACUGCGCGCUGCGGCCUCGGCCGGUGCAUCGGCCGGUGCUUCGGCUGGUGCUGGUGGAUUCUCGACCGGUGCUCGCUUCGGUAGCGGCGGAUUUGGCGGUGCCUCAUCCGGUGCCUCGUCCGGUGGCUUCUCGGGCGCCUCGGCCGGCGGUUUCGGUUCGAGCUUCGGUGGUGCCAGUGCCGGUGCCUCGGCCACGGCCACCGCAAAGACCAACGUCCGCUAUGCCGCUCCGGUCAUCCAGAAGCACUUCUACUACCAUGCCGCACCGGAGGAGCCACAGGCGGCCGCUGAGGCCGAUUCGCUGACCAUCACGCCCCGCAAGCACUACAAGAUCAUCUUCAUCAAGGCACCGACGGUCAGCGCCAACGCCGGUGCUGCUUCCCGUGCUGCCAGCCAGACCGAGGAGAAGACCAUCGUCUAUGUGCUCGUCAACAAGCCGGCGGUGGCCAAUGCUGGUGCCGUCGCCGAUGCCAGCAGCUUCUCGUCUGGCAAGCCGGAGGUCUACUUCAUCAAGUACCAGGGCAAGGAUGCCGCCCAGGCCAUCGCUAAGGCUCAGGCCAACUCGUUCGCUGGCGCUGGUGCCGAUGCCGGUGCCGUUGCUGGAUCGUUUGGUGGUGCCUCGUCCGGUUCGUUCGGUGGCGCUUCGUCCGGUUCGUUCGCUGAUGCCGGUGCUGCAUCGUACGCCGAUGCCGGGGCCAACGCGGCGUCAUACUCCGAUGCCGGAUCAUUCGGAGCCGGUUUCGGCGCUGCCAACACACUGUCGGGUGCCAGCGCAGGCGCUAACGCCGCCAGCCUGACCUCCGGUGCCACUGGCUACGAUCAGUUCGAUGUCCGUUCGGACGCGCUGGCCGGUGCCGGUGCCGGUGCAGGCGAGUUUCUGGGUGGUGCAAGCGGUGCGAGCGCUUCGGCCAACGCCGCUGCCUCGGCCGGUUCCGCGGCCAACCUGCAGGAUACGGUCGUGUACUAAGGUUGCAAGCAACCGAGGAUGCUGCUUUCGUCAGGUCAGGUCAGCAGAAGAGCAUCACAAAGAUGAGGAAGUCCUCAAACCCCACUCAAAGCACGGCCACCGUACCCAACACGUACCCAAGAAGCAAUGUAUCGGAUGUAGGAAAGGCAAAUAAACGGCAAACAAGACAA